GCAAACAGAUCAAUAGCAGUCUGUUACCUUCUGCAGUACCAUGGAUUCUGAGUAUGACCAGGACAUGUCACUUGAACAAAGAAUUAAUAAGAAUUUGAGCAGUAGAAAAUCUCACAUUCGGCACAAGCCAUUUAGAAAAGGAGUUGUGUUUGGAUUUCCACUAUACCGUGUGGUGUUACUAUGUCUGACCCUGCUCGAUACUGCUCUGCUGAUAGCUGCAUUGGCCCUGGGCAUGUAUUGUGCCAAGGUCAAAGAUUUCCAGCAGGUCACUGAUUCUGCCCUUGCCCCCCUUGUCAUUGAGAGGGACUUUCUUCGUAACCAAAGCAAUAUUGUCAAAGAGAAGCAGACGGCUCAGAUGGCGCUGGAGAAUCAGCGCAGAGCUCACAUGGGGUUGAAGUUGCAAAUCAGACAACUCCAGACGGUCACUGAUGGACUGCAAAGUCACAUCCAGGAACUGAGAGCAGAGAAGACUCAACUGGAGGGCAACAGAACUUUAUUAGAGAACAACUGUGGCAGAUGCCCUCCUGCAUGGCUUCUUUUCAAAAACUCAUGCUAUUAUUAUUCAAUACCUCCACCCAACUCUAAGAAGAACUGGGCUGACAGCAGGGCAGACUGUAUCAGCAGAGGAGGUGACCUGUUGGUGAUCAAUAACUUGGAAGAACAGAUGACAAUCAACAACAACUAUCCAAAGAUAACUGCUACUGGACCUCAGUGGAAGAUGGGAUUCUGGAUAGGACUCACUGAUACUGUGUCAAAUGGUACGUGGGUCUGGGUGAACAAUGCCACUGAAAACAAUACAAGGUACUGGCAAACAGAUCAGCCCAGCAAUGAAGAAAGUCUGUCAGGACAUUGUGCUGCCUUUGCUCGCAAUGUACUGUCUUGGAAAUCAUGGUACAAUAGGAACUGUGAGAAUGAUGUGUUGAACUGGAUAUGUGAGAUGGGGCCGAGGUAGAGAGGUGUUCAGCAAUAAAAAUUAAUAUCAGUGAUGAAACUUAAAGGGCCUAUAUUAUGCUAUUUUCUGAUCUAUGUUAUAAUGUUGUUUCCUCAUCAAAUCAUGUAUACAGGUAUACGUGUGGUCCAAAGCAAGAAAAAUGAU